UCUACACGUUUUAUUCAAAGCUUGUGACUCAAUAGAUUCAUCAACUUCAAAGUGUCUCCAUGCACACAAUCUUUUACAAGAGCGUACUAAGGGGCACUAGUGUUACGGACAGAGCAGGCCAACUUUCCCCUAGAGAAAGUAAAGUUUGUGAAUGUGUGCAGGAUUCGUUCAUGGCAACCACAUUUGGUGGUCUUUUCACUAUGAGUGAACCACAGAGCAAUAAAAAACUCAGUGUCUGUGGUUUCUGUAAGAGAGGAGUGGAGGUGUCUGCGGUGUGUGGUGAACUUUGUACUUCUAAUGUUUGCAGCGCUCACAAGAAGUGUAUGCAAUACAGUGCCAACUUGAGCCAGUAUAAAGAAGAAUUUGCCUUUGGUGGGUUUAAUAUUGAUGAAGUGUUGACUGAAAUAAGACGAGGACGGUCUUUGAAAUGCAGAAUAUGCCUUAAAACUAAAGGCUUAAAGAAAAAGAAGAAACCUGAACUAAAUGGAGCCACUGCUGGCUGUGCUAUCAAUAGCUGCAAGAUGACUUACCAUUUCUACUGUGCAGCACAGGAUCCCAUUGUUAUAACAAGAAGGUUUGUGGAAAAAAAUUCAAGUGGAAAGGAGAUAGUAAAGUAUAGGGUUUUCUGUAAUCAAGCACACUUGGAUAGCUAUAACAACAAUAAAGGCCAGAAUUCAUGUUCUGACAUAGAAGAUGGUGACAGUGAAGACAUAGAAGAUGGUGACAGUAAAGACAUAGAAGAUGGUGACAGUGAAGACAUAGAAGAUGGAGACUAUAAAGAUUUUAUAUGUAAAAAUCACAAAAAUAUAAAUGAAGAAAAAGAAGAUGAAAAACAACAAAGUGUCAUGUUCGGAGAUUUGUCAUCAAAUUCUUCUAGUUUUGACGAGGAUGAGGUGUCUGCAAACAACAUUCAGUCACAAGGGAGCUCUGCAAGAAAACUCGUCAUUCCAGUUACUAGAGUGAAACUAGAAAAUGUUCUCUCAGAAGCCAAAGAAAGUUUUUGCCAGUCUUUCCAACAAACUGAGAUGUACAUAGACAGAAAAGAAAUGCCAAUUUCAUCACAAUGGGAAAACAAAAACACAGUGGUUCAAGAGAAUCCCUCGCUGAGCAGUCAGGCUGUGGAAAUUCCUGAUGCCACUUUGUACAUAGUGGAAUGUGACAUCACAUCUCCAGAAGCCCGAAGGAUAAUCAAGAGUCUUGAGCUUUAUAAUACUGCUGAAGCACCAUCUAUUGUGUGGAAUAGCUCUUUUGGCCACCAUGCUUUCAAAGCAAAAGAAGUGCUACAUUAUCUGCUGGAAGUUUCAUCAGUAUUAAAAAACAUGUUUGAAGCCUCAACUGAAGAAAAACUGCUCUUCCAUGAAGAUUUAGAGUCAUUACUUUUGCACCUUAAAAACGAGAAAGUGCAUUUUUUUAGAAAGUUGGUCCAACAUAAUAGUAGUCUUCCAGAGGCAACUCAGCAAAGGGUUACAGAGGGGUAUCGCGGAGCAGUUCGGGACAAUGUGAGGGCAACACAGAGAAACCUUGGUUAUGAAGACAUGGCAAAAUAUGUGAUAAUGCGACCAAAGAGGAAGUCAUCAGGCCACACAGAUUUCAGAGUCCAUGUCUUACAGCUGAAAUUGAAUGAUUUCACAGACCCUGACAGAGUUAUUCGUCUAGGUCUCACUGAGCAUGUGCAGCCUCACAUGCAUGUGAUGGCUGACCUGCAGUCACUGUUUAGAUCCAGACAAGAGAACAUUUCAGAGGAACGCCAGCAAAUUUAUGAUCUCUCAGAAUGUUCUUGCAUCAAACAAUGGCUCCUUGCUGAAACUGAUAGCAAAUUCCAGGUCAUUUGCUAUCCACAAGAAGUUGUUUUACAAGAUGGUGAGAAGGUCUGUGUCAUCAGUAUGCUGAAGUCAAAACUGAGAGCUUUGUCAAAUGUAAACUCCUUUCAGAACAUUCUGUUUCUGCUGGGCCCUGUAGACAAAGAGGUUAUCAACUAUGCAGUAUACUGCAGGAAGGUCCUGAGGAUGGUGUUGCAGAAAUGUACACCCUCCACCACCACCUCCAACACCACCCCUGCAACCACAUCGAUCUAUUGUGUCAUUGACAUUAGUGGACCAGGCUGUCACCAUUUGAGAGAUGAAAUCCUUCCAGUUCUCAGGGAAGAUGCUCGACAAUUCUCAUUCCUCACUUGGUCAAAUCCAGAACAGGCACCUGUGUCUUGUCUUAUUGUGAAGGUUGUCAGGAAAACAGAAGCAAUAGAUUCCCAUGUGUUGAAUACUGACAAACCUGAACAGACUGCCAGGAAGAGACUACACUUAGGGGGUUCUUCUGAGAAGCCAACAAAGAAAAAGCACAAGAUGUAACAUUUUUAUGUCAUUAAUAAGAAGGCUUUGCUGGUAAAGUUGGAUUCUCAGUCAGACAUGAUAAUGAAAAUUUGGAUGGUAUGGUAUGGUAUGGUAACUGUGUAAAACAACAUGAACUGCCACAGUGGCAUUGAUAAGUGUCAACACGCUGAUUGUCACUUCUCAUGGAAGAGAAAAAUAGUAGUAAAAAAAUCUGAUGUCCUUCUCAUGGUAGGUUGAACAGAAUGAUAUAAUACUUCAUCUUUUGUAUUUUGUUUUAUCCAAUCAGACAAUAUAGUACAAUUUUCUUUGUCUAAUUUUGUUUAAAAUCAUUGUCUUUUAUGUCUAUGUUCUCAGAAAGCUACAGUUUUGAUGAAACUUUUGUCACCUGGUUUUGAAAUCAUAUCUUUAUUUUCUGAUUUUUUUUACCUUAGCAAUGUUUUGAUAGGCAUUCUUAUAACCUUUUUCUUAUUGUAUAAAAAAUUACCUUUUUGUAGCAUCACUUUUUGACAAAAUAUCAAGAGGCUCUUAAGUAAAUGCUAAGAGAAAGGGAGAAUAACUGGGAGAUUGAAUGGAGAAUAAAUGGCUCUCUCUCUCUCUCUAAUAAAUGCUAAGACAAAUGGAGAAUAAUGGGGAGAGCAGUGAAUUGGGUAUUGUCAGCAUGAACAAAGAAAAGUAUGUGAUCUUUCCAUUUCAGUCUGUUUUUCCAGCUUAUAUGAAAUACCCAGCAUGUUCAAAAGCACAUAGAGUACUGCAGUUGCUUUUAAUUAAUGCCACUGUGAGAUAUAAUAACUUAUUCAGCUUGUAACGUUAAAUGUUAACAUUGUGUGCUGUCUGUGCUACUUCUAAUACUUCAGUUUGCUUGUGCACACAUUUUUAAUGGCCAGUUUAUUAAUAAGCUCAGAGAUUGCUUAGUCUCAAUUUAGGUUGCUUAAUCUCAGUUUAGAGAGGGCAUUAAUCUGUUUGCUUGUGGCAUUCAUUUUUAGAUAUUUUCAAGAUUAUAGGAAUUUGUUAAGUCUAGGACCAAAGUUAGCAAUAUUUAUCUGCUAGUGUCUUUUUGUGAAGUAUCAAUCUCAUCUUCAAUAUUCUAGGGACCCACUUUCUCCUGAAGGUUAAAGCAUUGUAAUGGACAGUAAAGAUUGCUUAUUGAGUUUUAGAGAAACAGCACUUGAUCUGUACACUAGAGAUAUAUCAAAAACAAUUUUUCCAUGCUUGACAAUUGUAUGCCACUUGUGUCCAUGUCCAUGUGUUUGAUCCAUUUACUACCUGUCCUCUGCUCAAUGUCAUCUCUCCAUCUUGACUUUGGUCUUCCUGUGACUCUUUUUUCGAUGUCUUGGUGUUUAUUCUGUUGUUUUCCUGGCCCACUCUCUAGUGUUCAUGCUUGCCAGAUACCCUGGCCAUUGGCCAUUUUCUGUCUGUGCUAUGCUAAAAUGUCUUGCAACUUUGUUUCUGGAUCUUGUUUUCUUUGUUAUAUUGAGUAUUGAUAUUUGCAUACUCCCCUGAGCCAUGGACAGCCUUUCUCUCUGAUGUCUUGUGAUUGCCCAUAUCUCUGGUCUGUACGUCAUUGCUGGUAUGAUUACUGUAUCUGGGAACAAUCUGCCAUGUGCCAAGUCAUUUACCCCAAAUAUAGUGUUUCUUAUUUUGUUGUUCAGUUUAGCUGUUGUUGUACUCACAAGCAUGAAUUUUGUGAUCAGAUUUAAGUCAAAUUUUUAUCAUUCUCAGUUUGUCUCUCUGCCCCCCACCCCACCUUAUCAAAACAUUUAAAUGGUGGUUAGCGUCAAUUUCCCUAACCAUGUUGUCUAAUCUAUCGUUUGAAUCAAAAUGCUUUGAAAAUUUUGUAAAGGUGGUAAGCAUUUUUUUGUUGCUGAAAAAAUACAAUUUGUUUACAUUACAGAUCACCUUAUUUGAUCGACUUUCUGUCGCAACACCAAACAAAGAAUUCCCCACAUUGCCAAUUUUCAGGUGGUCUGAUCUUUUUGAAUCUGCAGCACCAACUCUGCUACUACCCAACCAGACUUUUUCUCUUUGUUUUUCCAUUUUAUUCUAUACCAUCUUUGACCCUUUGAGUUGGUUGCUUUUAGAAUUUAGAAUUUUGUCAGCUUCCUCGGAGUGACUUUUUGUUGGGCUUAGCUGAUUGGCAUUUGUGUUCAUGGUAUCAUCUUGUUCAUUAUAAAGUGUUUUACUCUAUUCUAACAGCAGUAAAAUAAACUUCUGGUACUUACUGAGAGUAUUGCCUGUUCCUUCUGUUUGGUAGGGACAGCACUUUUUUUGUGGUACAACUAAAUCUUCUCAAGAGCGAUCGCGUGGUGCAUCGUGGUGCCAACCAUUUGUUUCAGAUGGUUGGCUGUUACUUUAUAUGUGAGUGCCCCUGCAUAGUCCCCAUAUGCACAACAGGAAUUCCAGGAUCCUCUUGGCAGUGACAGAAAGCAGUACAAUUUUGACUUUCUUCAAGGGCUACAUUGUUUUGUCUGUUCUGUCAGAUUCCUCUCUUCAUCAUUUGUCUCGAGGUCCGUUUCAAACCUAGUACGUAAGUUGGAUCUGUAGGUAAAACACCAAAGGUGGGUCUCAGGGUGGAAUGACUAAGACAACUUGAGGUUUCAGGCACUCAUCUGCAUCGGAAAAGUUGGCCACUUGUAUUGUGCCACGUUUGUCCACAAUAAUGAGAGUGGGACCUAUCUAUAUCCUUGUCUGCAGGGUAGGGAAAUCUGCCCCCAUUCUUUCUACGAUUCCUUCAUAGGCAUCUUCAGAGGGUCUAACCCUGGCCUCUACCACCUGGAGCGACCAGGCAGGUAGUAACAGUUUUUUUUCCAUCCACCCUCUGACAUCCAUCUGGAUCUCUAACAACAAGGAAACCCUGUAUAACAAGAUUACUUUUAUUAAUUAAAUUUAAAAAUGAGCAAAUUGAAAUGCCCAAAUUUUCUAAAUCAACGCAAUACUCAUAGACCAUAAAAAUACAGCCUAAAGGAUGACAACAGUUUGUCAGUUUAGACAGAUGUAGUCGCCUUGAUGCAGCGUUACGUCGUUAAAUGGUUUAUGACGCUGAAAAUUCAUCCAUAUUGAAUUCUGACGUGGGCACGUGAUAUCAGAUGGUGCAACCAUUGGCUGAAGAUAAUGAUCAGCGUGACAAAUUGCCGUAGGAAAGCGCACACACUACGGUACGACGUUUAUAUCUAACAUGUUUGAUUCUCUCCUGACUUGUUGAAAAGUUGUCGUGGAGCAGCGCAGACAGGCCGAUAUUUUGUUGUAAGUGUGUCGGCCGACGAAAAAUCGUUCUGUGGACGUCGGGCUUUACUGCAAAUUUCAAGCAUUGUUUUUAUUAGUAUUAUGCGUCCUGUAUUAUAACCAAUUUAAGGGACCAUUUCCACAGAUAUUUGGAUCGAUCUAUCUUUCUGUCUCACUAAAUUGCUAUCAACUUAACCAGCUUAAAUGUCUGUCAGGCCUAGUAAAGAUACAAGGGGGUUAUUGUCUUUACCCCCCAGCUGAUUCGGUAGACGUGACAGACAUUUAAGCCAGUUAAGUUGAUAGCAAUUAAGUGAGACUCCCCAGAGAGAUAGACCGAUCCAGAUGGAUCGAUCUGCGCAGAUCCAGUUGGAUCGAACCCAGUCUAAAUCAUAGUAGUUUAAUAUGCAUUAUUUUAAAAGUUAAACUAAGUGGUUUUUUAGUUUUUAAAAAAACAUACAAUUUUUUUUUAAGUUUAUAGCAAAUUGUACCAUUUUGAAUGUUAGAUUUUGCUUUGGACAUUUAUAGAUUUGAAUUUUUGAUAUUUUUUUUACAUGUAUUUUUUUACAUUAACUGUAUCAAUUUGAUAACCAGUGUUUAAAAAGAGUUACAUGUAUUAAAGAGUGCUGUCAGUUUGUUGGCAUCUUAGGGCCAAAACCAAGGUCAAAGUAAUUACAUGAGAGUUACCUUUGCUAAAUUGAUGUUGAACCGGAUUCUGAUUUCAUGAGUUGAUUAGCAUGAAAGGGAAUAAGAUUGUAAUGAACAUGCAUAACUUCAGUCUUUUAAGUAAUUCUGUCAUUGUGAGUUUCUAACUAGAGUUUACUUCCUAUUCAAGUUUAAUGGUGACUAUGGGCGAAUCUCUGCCAGUUUUGGAGAUAUAAAGGACUUAAGUGUUGCAAAGUCCAGUUCAUCGUGAAAAGUAAGUCAAAGGUCAAUUUCAAGGUCACAGUUAAAUUGCCAGUAUAUGUCUUCCUAUUCAACUUCAUGAAAUUCGCCAUAAAUCUCGUACAGAAGAACUUAAUUGAAAUGAAGAAAAGGUCAUUUUGGUUGAUAUUUAUGAAAUGGAAGGUGCUUAGAAAUUCCAGAUGUUCGAAUUUCAUGAAAUAAAGUCUU